AUGACGCCCAAAACCUUGGAGCUCUCGGAUAUCUUCGAGAGUGCAUGGGAGACCAUCAGCGCGGCGCUCCCGCCACUCCUGUUGGCAAAGAAGAAGGUAGAGGGCGUGACAACAAGCAGUAUGCGCUACAUGUUUGAGGGUCCUCUGGGGGUGUGGGAUAUCGAAGGCGAGCUAAAGGACUUCUUAGCUGCUAUUAAGCCAAGGUUUGACGACUGUUCAGCCAAGACGAACGUGAAGACUUCAGUGAUUCUCGAGCUCUACCCAGACUUUGCGACAGCCGAGGGAGGGACAAUGGCUGCAGAGAUCGACGUUGAUGGGCGCAUCAAACAAAAUGUUGCAACGCCAGUGCGAGCGGUUAUACAUGCGCUUGCAAGAUGUGCAAACAAAGCUGAUGAAAUACUCUUACCCACUCGCGUUGAAUACUCCAGCUCUAAAUUUGAGAAUGUCAAAACGCGCCCCAAAGGCUCUGAGCCAGACCUCGUCUUCAAGGUCGGCCCCAAAGGCCGAGACCCGGUGCGCGUAUUAGGAGAGUUCAAAAUGUGUACGACUGUUGAUCUUGCCGAGUUGAUCUUGGAUCCCAACUCCAAAAAGGCGAAAUCAUUUCGCAACCUUCUUGGUAGGGAUAUGCGAGAAGCCAAGCUCAAGUAUGGAUUUAUUUCCACUUACAAAGAGACCAUUCUUCUCAGGAUCGAACCGAACCAGUCUAAUCCAGAAGAGUAUGCUCUGUAUUACUCACGCAUCUUCCACGAUGACAUCGCGACUCAUCUGGACAAGAACACCAAUGUACAGGAGUUUGGUACACGUUUCGCAAUUUUCUUCCUGCUACACAAAGUCGUCGUCGACGGUGGAGGUAAAGGCUACAGGCUUAAAGGGACCGAGAUCCCGGACCAGAACCAGUGGUUCUCUACGAAGCUCACCGACAACGACGUCCCAGCGCGUGUAGCGUCGCGCUAUGUUGACACACCUUCACCGUCAUACUCCAAACCCAAUCGGCGACUGCGUCCCAAAGCUAGCUUGUUGGACGUUAUGUCACCCCAUAAAGCUGCAGCUUCCUUCAAGAAGAGCAUGCAAGUGAUAAAGGAUACCUACAAGCGGACCAAGCAGAACAACAGCCGGUCACCAACGCCCAGGUCUCCGCCCGGGGUCAGCUUUGCACCCCUUCCCAAAAGCGCCGAGUACUCCGAGGUGGCUGGUAGCUACUAUGACGACGGCAUCGACGAUAGCGAGUACCGGGAUGAUGAUCAUGCCCCUUCUGAAGAUGAUGAACUGGAGGAAGUUCACGAAGUGGGGACACCGAUUACGCCACUGCCACUGAGGAGAAGUGGGAGACUAGGUGGCAAGUAG